CGAUGGUCGACGACUUGCAGUCGUCGGAAGAGCUGGCCUUUGUGGCCGAAGAAGUCGACCGCAUCAUCCUCCAGUCGGUCGAGUACUUUUUAAAAGACCGGUCGUAUGAAGAGUCCGAGGUGUCGCACUGGGUCGACUCGAUCUGCGAUGGCAUCAUGAAGGGCCUCUGCGAGCUGCGCAAGCCGCUCAAGUACAUAGUAAGCUGCGUCAUCAUGCAAAAGAACGGCGCGGGCGUCCACUCGGCCGUGUCGUGCCACUGGGACACGGCCAUCGACGGUGCCCACGUCGUCAAGUGGCCAAGUGACAAGCACAAGGAGCACAACCGUACCAUGUACUGCAUCGUGACGGUUGGUGGUCUUGGCUUCUAG